AUGCCCUUCUUCCCUCCCGGCCUCACCGACGCCCUCUCGGUCGCCUCGACCGGCAACCACCGUCGCUCCUCCUCGCGCCAUCGCACCAGCAAGCGCCGCCGCUCCCGCUCCAACUCCCGCGAUCGCGAUCGCGACCGUGACCGCGACCGUGACCGCGGCGCUGGCUCCUUCGUCAGCGACCUCUUUGGCAAGGACUCCUCCUACAGCAAGCACAAUGCCUCGCGCAGCUCCUUCUUUGGCAUGCCCCUCGGAAACACCUCGCGCAGCAGCUUCUUCUCCUUUGGAGGCGGCAACUCGCGCUCCUCGUACUACAAGCGCUCCCCGCGCAAGGGCUUCAUGCAGCGCGCGUACAAGCAGCUCAAGCGCCUCAUCCGAGACCUCAUACACUGGUUCAAGCGCCACCCCUGGAAGGUCUUCUUCAUGGUCAUCAUGCCCCUCGUCACCGGCGGCGCCCUGACCGCCCUGCUCGCCCGCUUCGGCCUGCGCAUCCCGCCCUCCCUCGAGCGCGCCCUGGGCAUGGCAUCGCGCGCCGCGUCGGGCGACGGCUUCGGCCUCGUGAGCGACGCCGUCCGCAUGGCUGGCGGUGGCGGUAGCGCUGGUAGCUCCCGCGGCGGCUUCGGCGGCGACUCCUACUCCCGCCACGGCGGCAGCGCCUUUGACGCCCUUGAGGGCCUCGGCCGCGCUAGGAGCCACGGUGGCGGCGAUGACUGGACUAACGGCUUUGUUAACGGCGUCGCCAAGAUGUUUAGAUGA